AUGAAGGCCUACACUUCAGCGUCUCUUCUUCUUACCGUCCUGGCGGCAGCCCAAGAGACGCCAAGACCCAAGGAUCAGGAGGUGACCACGACGUUGUGGUUUCCCUCUGUAACUCCCACGCCUAGCUCCCUUCCCGCGGCUCUCUACACAUUCAAUCCAACCGAGGGCGCGACUGUAAGCGUCGGAAUAAAACUCAAGAGUAGGAGGGAUGUCACCACAACGGCAAAGGUGGACCCGGCAUGGCAUUCCGUGGAUCUGAAAUAUUUGGGCAGGAUGUUGGCAAUAACGGCAGAGGGCUGGGAUGAUACAACGACAACUCUUGAAGACGGCAGCUAUACAGGAUGGGGAGCCUAUUACUUCACGUCCGCGACAUGCACCUCGAAGGAGGGUGCAACGACUGCAAUCUGCACCGGUCAAUUGUCACAUUCGACCAGCUGGUGGGAGAAAACAUCCGGCAAAGCCACGACUCUCAUUUCCUCCACAGAAACCAUUAUGCCGUACCCCACGACGCCUAAAAUCAGUGAAAUCACCAUCACGGCCACCUUUGGUAACGUCUACCCAACAGGGACCUACCUGACAAUGACCCGACCGGAUACGGCGACGCCUCAAAUCACCGCCACUGCAACAACGGGCAACGUCGCACCGACGACGUCCUCGAGCAAUGCGGCGCCUCCUAGGGCCACGGGAGAGAUGCUUGUUGGCGCAAUGGCUGCGCUUGCUGGCGGGGCGGCGGUGUUUUUCUAG